GACAGGGAAGCGCAAUGGUGAACACAGGCGGGUGUUUUGACAGUUGAAACCUUUACUUUAUUUCUGUGAUUACAUCGGCAUUAAUGCCUAAUUCAACAUUGGCUGCCCAGUGGAUAUAAACGAGGUCAUUGUCAUAUCAUGGCUGAGGUUCAUGUGAUAGGACAAAUUGUUGGAGCAUCUGGCUUCCCAGAGAACAGUCUCUUCUGUAAAUGGGGCAUUCAUACAGGUGGAGCGUGGAAGGUGUUGUCAGGCCUGCGUGAAGGACAGACCCAAGUGGAUACACCACAGGACAAGGAAAUGGCAUAUUGGUCUCACCCUAUUGACAUUCACUUCGCCACCAAAGGUUUACAAGGCUGGCCCAAACUCCAUUUCCAGGUUUGGCACCAGGACCAGUAUGGUAGGAGUGAACUCUAUGGCUAUGGUUUCUGCCACCUGCCCACCUCUCCAGGUAACCACGAGUUUGAUUGCCCCACCUGGCGGCCUGUGGGGUCGUUCCGAGAACAAGUUUCACAGUUUUUCCUGGGUGGAGGGCCACAGCUCCGGAACCCUGAUCUUAUUUACAGUGGAGCAGACAGGUAUCGACUGCACACCAUAGCUAUGGGCAAAGUCCAUCUACAAAUAGGCCUCAUUUUCAGGAACUUUGACAAGUAUGGCAUUGAGUGCUGAGAUAAAAUACUGCUGUGACUUCACAAGCCAGAGACAGGUUCCUGAUACUCAUUGUUGAGCCAUGGUAAAAAGUUGUGUCACUCCACAUCGAUGGACGGUAUGGUCUUUAUUUCACGUCAAAACAGAAUGUCAGGUUAUGGUUGCAUUAAAACUCUGAAGAUCGGGUUUGCUUGAUGAUGUAGUGAUGAAUAGAUACUGGAGUCCUUUUGUCUGUUCACAUCUGCAUGGAAUUGUAACUUGUACAUAUUGUAAAAAGUUGAGACUGACGUGUUCUCAACAUGUAAAAUCAUGUCAAGUCACAAUGUACAUGUAUUUGUAUUUCAUAUUCUGAUGAAGUUAAGGUAUAUUAGUAACACAUGUAAAAAGUUGAGAAUAUAAGGUAUUUUAGUAUGUUUUUCGACAUAAGCAUAAGGUCAAAAUGUAGGCCCACUUGUGUAUUCUGAUAAACUUCAGGUACAUUUAAUUUAGUUUUGUUGGUCUUUGUAAGUAGGGCUAAAUACUGUAAAAUUAGUUCCAGUAAUUGAGGUUUGUUAGCACUUGAAUUUGAAUGUGGUGCAUAUUAUUGAAAUGGUGCAUCAGGAAGGGCUUUGGAGUAAUUUUUUUUUCCAAAUGGUUAUAUGUACAAUAACUUCUCAUCAUUAAGAUACACCAGGAACCUAUUUCAAGAAAUUCAUGUCAUCUAUGUUCAUAUUUGCUUGUACAGUUCCACAUAUACAUAUGUCACACGUGGUGGUUAGGAUAUCCUUUGUUAUGAAAGUAACAUAGCAACCUAGAGGAAGCAUACAAUACCAAGAUAUGUAAGUACAUGCAGUACUGUGUACAUCUGGAAGUAACUAUUAUGUGUAUGCAGUAAACGUCAUUUAACAAUCAUUCUAUUUAUGUAUUUUGUACAGAAAACAUCUACAGUAUAAAUGUAGUCAGUAAAUAAUUUUGAAAAUUG